AUGACAAUUAAUUCUUUUGACGAGUUUAGAAGAUCGUUAAAUUCUCCGAUUCUGUCAAGGUCGAAUUUCUCAUAUAAUCUCAACUCCAAAUUUGGAAACAACUACGAUAGAAACUUUGGUAAAUACAACUCCAGUCUCAACAAUUGGGACAGAUAUAAUAAUAAUUUAAACACCUUUGAUAAAUACAACGCACGUGAUAACUUUGACAAAUUUGACUCGAGAUUUGACAGUAAAUUCGAUUACCAAAAUAGAUACAACAAUAACUAUGAAAAUUUCAACAGAUAUAAUAACGACUUCAAUAACUACAACAGAUAUAAUAAUGACCUAAACAACUACAACCGAUACAGCGACUUCAACAAUGAUUUCAACAACUACAAUAGAUAUAAUAAUGACUUAAACAAUACCAAGUAUAACUAUGAAAACUACAAUAGAUACGACAACUCGGAUAGGUUUGACAAGUAUAACACUGGUUAUAGUAAGAACUAUAACAACUUGUACAAUAGUGAUGAUUUGUUUGACAUUCCCAACUACUUAAAAAGUGUUGAUCAGUACAGCACUCCCCAAAAUAGGUAUAACAAUUACACUCCUAAUAAAUGGAAUGAUCCUAAGUUCGAUAAUUAUAAUCCUAAUAAAUGGAACGACCCGAAACUCGAUAAUUAUAAUUCUAACUUAAAUGUUUCUAAUCGCUUUGAUCUAAAUAAUGAUAAAUUGGAUAAGAUUAAGGAGAAUUUAAAUUCUUUAAAUAAGUUUGACUUGAACUUUUCUAAUAACAGUCUCGGUUUGAACUUUUCAAACAAUUUAGAUUUAAACUAUAAAUCUUACGGGAAUACUCCCUAUAAAUCCACUUUACACGACCCUGGGUACAGAUCAACCAUGCUGGAUCCUCCUUAUAAAUCUGUUUCCUACUAUUUACCUUACAAAUCAAACAGUUACGAUCCCCUUUUCAAAUCCAAUACCCAUGAACCUCUUUUUAAAACAAACACCUAUGAACCUUAUAAAUCCACUUCCUACGAACCUCCUUAUAAAUCCACUUCCUACGAUCCAUCUUACAAAUCAGGGUCUUAUGAUCAACCUUAUAAAUCCAGUUCUUAUGAUGGCCCAUAUAGAUCUACAUCGCAUAAUUCAAGGGAUAAACCUUACAGAAGUAGUCCGUACAAUGGGACUUCAUACGCUGAAAUGAGGCAAAGAUCUUCGUUAUCGAAUAUGGAUAUCGAUAAGUUAUAUCACAGUGCCAAGGAAAUGAAGGAGAAGUUACUGUCGAUUAAAAACUAA